CAACGAGUUCACUUUACGAGCGACCUGUGUCAAACAUGAAGUUUGUUCUUCUAUUGACGGCUUUGUUGUCACAUGUAUUCCUUUUAGUAUGGGCGACUGCUUCAGUCCAGUUCAAGUUUGUAUCUUUCUACAAUUCCGACCAUAAUGAUUAUGACGGUGGUUGUUGUGAUGACGUCAUUGGUGGCUGCGAUAACUUCUGUGAUAACUACUUCUUUGUGUGUAUCGACGGCGACGAUACAGGUCCCUUGGGUACUUCCUGCGACAUGGCAGCUAUCACAACAGAGAAACUUCAUGAGGAUAACGACAACUUCAACUUCCCCUCCACCAUACCCAACGCGAUAGCGAACCCGUACACCAUACGUGUCGACUCCUGGUCGGGUAGCAUGCAAGUCUUCGUCCGAGUCUGGGAUCUGGAUACCCAGAAUGCCGAUGACGAGAUUGAUCGUGAUAGAAGGACGAUCUAUGAAGCGGCUGCACGGAACCUAUCAAGCGCGACGUGGCAGCAGUAUAGCCUGGGUUCACGGUCACAGAUCGACUUCAGUUUUGAAGUGAGGGUGUAUUGCGACAGUUAUUACUUUGGCUCCGACUGCAGUGUGUACUGUAUUCCCAGGGAUGACCAGUAUGGACAUUACCGAUGCGACACCAAUACGGGAGCCAAAAUUUGCUACAGUGGCUGGGAAGGAACGACAUGUAACAUCGACGUGGACGACUGCGCAUCCACGCCUUGCAAAAAUGGCGGGACUUGCCACGAUCACGUGGCAUACUUCACCUGCGCAUGUCCCCCUGGUUUUGUGUACGCGGACGAGUUCUGUGAGUACGACGACUGCGCUGGUCAGCCAUGUCAGAACGGAGCCACGUGUAAUGAUCUGAUUGGUCAAUUCAAGUGUGUGUGUCCUCUGGGUUAUUUUGGAGAUCUGUGCGAGGUUGACAUCGAUUACUGCAUCAACCAAACCUGCGCCAAUAACGGAACGUGCGUUGACCGAGUGGACGGGUUUCACUGUCUGUGCGAGACGGGCUACGAGGGCCUCUUGUGUGAUGUGGAAACAGACGAAUGUAGUUCCAGUCCGUGCCUUCACAAUGGGACGUGUCAUGAUCUCAUUGGGAAAUAUCAGUGUGCAUGUCAAGAAGGAUAUGAGGGAACACACUGCGAUCUGGAGACGGACGAGUGCCUGAGCUCCCCGUGUAGAAAUAACGCAACUUGUGAGGACGAACUCGCCGGAUACCACUGUCACUGUGUCGACGGGUACGAGGGUGACACGUGCGAGAUGGACAUAGAUGAAUGUGCCUCGUUCCCAUGCUAUGUCAAUGAGACCUGCGUGAACGAGAUCAACGGUUUCUGGUGUCUGAGGUUGAAUCUGUGUGAUUACGAUCCGUGUAUGAACAACGCCACUUGCGUGGACGAUUACCCGGGGUUCAUCUGCGAAUGCGCGGCAGGCUACGGCGGGAAGACGUGCGACCAAGACAUCGACGAGUGCGCCAGCUCGCCGUGUCUACACCAGGGCACCUGCACCGAUCACCUGGACGGGUACACCUGUCUCUGCCCGCCGGGCUACGGUGGAGAAAAGUGCCACAGUGAAACCACCGAGUGUAAUAGCUCACCCUGUCUGAAUGGGACUUGCUGGGAUCUCAUCAACGGCUACGUUUGCAACUGCACGGCGGGGUAUGCAGGCGUGCUGUGUCAGAACGAAAUAGAUGAGUGUGCUAGCUCGCCGUGUGAGCAUGGAACGUGUGUGGAUGAGUUGAAUGCCUACAGAUGUGAAUGUGAUGUGUUUUACGAGGGCACUCAGUGUGACACGGUGAUAGAUAAGCCAUGCGCCCUCAGAGACCCACCGUGUCAGAAUGGUACAUGUGAAAACACCAACAGCGCUAACGAUUACAAUUACAAAUGCACCUGUGAUGACGGCUUCUAUGGAACAAAUUGCGACAUAGAUUCAAAACUGUACGGUGCCGUCGUCUUCAUGAUAGGAAAGCUGGAAGAUAAGUCUGCAUAUGAGACCAAAUUGGCCAAUCUGCUGCAGAAACUCUACGCACUUCAUUCGCGCGUGCGGAGAGACACCGGAGAAACAGUGUCAGUGGAAAUAAUUCUGACAGAGGACUAUGUCAAAUCUACCGAUAGCUCACCUCUGACUAAAGUGACCUUUCUAGCUUGGACUGAGUCGGGUUACUUACAGAAGGACACCAUAGAGGCUUGGAUUGAUGGGGCGUCAACGGAUCUUCCUGCCCAGUACGGCCUCGAUAUCUACAAGGGAUCUGCGGAGCCAUUCACCGGGAACCCGUCAGAGAACUGGAUCGGUUCCAACUGGUACAUUAUUCUACUCAUUGUCGUUAUUGUAGCUUCGGUCGUUAUUGCGGCCGGGUUCAUCUACCACAAGGGAUACAUCAAUCGAGCCAAGGAUGCUGUAAUCAAGUACCAAGGCCGCGACCGGGGCCAAUCGGCCCUGCCGCUGAAUCUGGAGACAACUUAUAAUACCCGCAUCGGGGAGGUGGACAUCGCCCACAGUACCCGCAUCAGGGAUGACGCCCCUACUCUACCUAAAAGACCCGACCUUCCCAACAUGGUGGAGGGGGAGGGGGAAUGA